ACUGCCCACACCCUCCCGACGUCAGUUGUUGUUGAUUUAUUAUUUGCCAUUUGGUGUUACUUAAAAACAACAAAUCCAUUUUUGUUUACAGAGGAUAUUUUUGUCAUAAAAAUUUUAAGUAUAUAAUUUAACAAUGGGUCUAUUCGGUAAAUCACCAGAACGGAAUCCAAAAGAAAUGGUAAACGAGUGGUCUCAUAAAUUACGAAAAGAGGGAUAUAAUUUAGACAGGCAAAUACGAGCAAUUCAAAGGGAAGAAGAAAAAAUUAAAAGAUCUUUAAAAGAAGCAGCAUCUAAAAGUGAUAAACAAGUUUGCACUAUACUGGCCAAAGAAAUAAUCAGGUCUAGAAAAGCAAUAAGUAAAAUAUACACUAGUAAAGCACAUUUAAAUUCUGUGCAGAUGCAAAUGAAGAAUCAACUUGCAACAUUACGGGUUGCUGGUUCUUUACAAAAAUCAACUGAGGUAAUGCAAGCUAUGCAGGCACUGCUUAGGUUACCAGAGAUUGCCCAAACAAUGCAAGACUUAAGUAAAGAAAUGAUGAAAGCUGGUAUUAUUGAGGAAAUGGUAGAUGAAACUAUGUCUAGCAUGGAAGAUGAAGAAGAAAUGGAGGAAGCAGCACAGAGUGAAGUUGACAAGGUGUUAUGGGAACUGACUCAAGGCAAGCUGGGAGAAGCGCCGGCGCCGCCCACAGCUGUCGGAGCUCCUUCAACAAGUCAAGAAGUCACUGAGGAACCCGAUGAAAGUGAACUAGAUGAGAUGCAAUCUAGAUUACAGGCUUUACGUUCAUAGAUACGAAGAAUACAUUGGAAGAAAAAAUGCCUUAAUAGAUAUUACGUUUGUAUGCAUUAUAUUGGAAAGAUUUUGAGCACUAUUUUAAGUUGUAUGAAGGGGGGCUAGCAACGAUAUUUUAUUAUGUCAUUUAUAACGUAGAUAAUUUAUCUCUUCCCAAUCCUAUAUAAUACCUAGUUUCAGCCCCGUUUUAUGACACAAAAUGUAUUAAAGAUAUGUUGUGCAUUAUUUAUUUUGAACUUUAUAAAUGUUAUAAAACUACUAAGAUCUUUAAUUAACGGAAAUAUUAACAGAAAUCAAAUGUUAAAGAUUUUCCAUUUUUUGCUAUUUGUUUUGAAUUCAAAAAUGUAUGGUAUGAAAGCCAUCUGGAGAAAUAUUACUCCACAUUGUCAAUGGUUGACACAGUGAUACUUGCCAUGGCGUUUAUGGCAUGCGUUUGGCUGCUAUAAUAUAAUUUGUAUUCUUCAUACAAACUUUACGAUAUAUUGGACAUAUUAUUCGCAAAGACAAUUACUUUGUCCAACUUGCUAUAAAGCCCAUAUUUUUGAAUCCACCAUAAAUACUUUAAGCAGAUGCAAUGUAAUAUUAACAGCUUAUUAAAAAACUGCUUAUUUUUAACUUAUAUCACAAAUAAUUGGAUUUUGUGAAUUAUUU